AAUCUACAAAGAAGAGAGGAAGCGUCUGCUGCGCCCCUGGGUCGUUUUAAAUUUGCCUUUAAAACAUCACCGAAAACUUAAACAACCGCUAGCUAUGGCAGAGGGAGACAACAAAAGCGCCAACGUACUCGCCCAGGAGACGGCCCAGCUGGAGGAGCAGCUGCAGGGCUGGGGAGAGGUGAUCCUGGCUGGGGACCAGGUCCUGCGUUGGAAGAAACCAUGGUUCCCUGGAGCCCUGAUGGCAGCCACCACACUGGUCUUUAUGAUGAUCUACUACCUGGACCCCUCGGUGCUGACCGGCCUGUCCUGCACUGUCAUGCUGCUGUGUCUGGCUGACUACCUGGUGCCUACCCUCGCACCCCGAAUCUUCGGAUCCAACAAGUGGUCUUCAGAGCAGCAGCAGCGUUUCCAUGAGAUCUGUGGUAACCUGGUGAAGACUCAGCGUCGCAUCCUGGGCUGGUGGAAAAGACUCUUCUCGCUCAAGGAGGAGAAACCCAAGAUGUACUUUGCGUCGGUGAUCAGCAGUCUGGUGACGGUGGCCUGGAUGGGACAGCAAGUCCACAACCUUUUCCUCACCUACCUGAUCGUGAGUUUCCUGCUCCUGCUUCCUGGUCUGAACCAGCAUGGUGUCAUAAGCAAGUACGCUGGCAUGGCCAAGAGAGAGCUCAACAAACUGCUGAAACAGAAGGAGAAGAAGAACGAGUAGGAAGAAAGAG